AUGAUGAAGAAGAGGAUAUGCGACCUUCCACCGAGACUGGUUGGGGAGAAGAUACUGAGCAAGGUUCCGAUAACAUGUGUGGGAGAAGUGCGGUCCACUUGCAAACUGUGGGACCGUUUAACCAGAGAAUGGAUUGUGGGUGGUAAGGAAGAAGCGGCAAAGCAUCAGUUUUUGGGGUUCGUAACGGUGGAUUUCAAGGUUUGUUCAUUGAGAUUCCGCAAGGAAGAAGAUGCUGUUGAUUUAUCUAUAAAGCAGGUAGGUUUACUUAACCAAUACGAGGUUAGGCAAGUUUUUCACUGCGAGGGGUUAUUGUUAUGCGUCCUCGAGGAAGACAGAUCGAAGCUCUUGGCGUGGAACCCUUAUUUGGGGCAAACAAGGUCCAUCAGUUCCAGGACGGGGGAUGAUUUCGACGCUCUAGACGUUUAUCUCUUUGGUUACGACAUGAAUCGUAACCACAAGAUGUUGAGGUUUCACGAGACGUUUGGACUAAAACCUCUGCAUCUUCCGUUUCUCGUUUAUUCUUGUGAAGAAGCUGUGACCCUCUCAUCCUUCAGAGACGAAAAGCUAGCCCUUCUACAUCAGAAAGGUCAUGAAAUCAUUGAGGCGUUGGAGAUUUGGAUCACGACUAAGUUUGAUGAUCAGCCCUUCAAUGCUGCUGCUGUGACCUGGAGCAAGUUCAUGAACGUGGAUAUGAGACCUCUAAUUGGUGAUCGUUUCGUCCGGUUUGACGAGCACUUUGCGGGCUUCUUCCUCAUUGGCUCCGACGAGGAAGAGAAAGUCGCUGUGGUUUUUGAUAUGGACGGGUAUGAGUUCUGUUUUGAACUUGUCACGACCACCGAUUAUUACCACACUGCUUUUAUCAUUGGAGACGACGGAUACUAUAAGACUGUGAGUCUUGGAGUAGCUCCUAAUACCUGGAAACACGAUCCUCUCCAAAUAUAUGUUCCUACAGGAUAUGUUCCUCAGUGUUAUUAUCCCCCAUUUGUCUGCUCAUCUUCUUAUCUCCCAAGUUUGGUUCAACUCAACAACCAACCGCCGCGCCAAAGAGAUUGA